AUGACAAUUUCAAAAUCUUUAAUACUUAAUGUUUUCACAGUGGGAUCCCCAGGAUUAUGGACAGAUCCUAAAGAUACAUCAAGAGAUUUCACAAGAAGCUUAGAUCCAUGGAUCAAACUAGCUAAAAUAGCUGAGCGUGGGAAAUUUCAUUCAUUAUUCAUUGCUGAUCAUCUAAGCUUCUUUGAUACUUAUAAAGGUCCAGGAAAUUAUGGAUUACCUGCAAAGGUUGGUAAGUUUUCUCCAAGAGUUGAGCCAUCAGUUGUAAUUGCUGCAUUGGCACAAGCUACAAAAGGGUUAGGUUUUGGUAUAACUUUCAGUACAGUUGUCGAACAUCCUUAUCAUUUUGCAAGAAGGUUAGCCUCUCUGGAUUUAUUAACAAACGGUAGAGUUGGUUGGAAUAUUGUUUCAAGUUUUUUAGAUAGUGUUGGACCAAACUUAUUAAACGGUGAGCCAUUCCCAGAACAUGAUGAAAGAUAUGUGAAGACUGAAGAAUUUGUUGAAGUUGUCUUGAAAUUGUUGUUAUCAUCAUGGAGAGAUGAUGCUGUUAAAUAUGAUAAGGAGCAAGGCAUAUUUGCAGAUCCAAAUUUACUUAGAAAAAUUAAUCAUAAGGGGAAGUAUUUCAGUGUUGAAGGACCUGGUAUCACAGAACCAACUCCACAAAGGUUUCCUUUGAUUAUUCAAGCUGGUACUUCAGUUAAGGGUAAACAACUUGCAGCUAAAUAUGCUGAGUUAGUAUUUGUUGAUGGUAGAUAUGGUGAAGCCCUAAAGAAUGAUAUCAAAGAGAUUAGAUCAUUAGCAGAAUCAUAUGGUAGAGAUCCAAAAUCUAUUAAAUUCGUUGCUGGAAUAAAUCCAAUCGUUGGUAAAACUCAUGAAGAAGCUUUAGCAAAAGUUGAAAGAAACAAAAAGUUUAGUUUGCCAGAAUAUGGUGAAGUUGGAUUAAGUGCAAUCUCAGGGAUUGAUUUUAGUAAAUUUGAAGAUGAUGAAGAAGUUGAUAUUAGUAAAUUAUCAAAUGGUUCAACUACAAUGACAAGAAACAUUAGUAAGAAAUUGAAAAAGAAUAAACCAACAAAAAGACAAUUAUUAGAUGUUUAUACCUUGGGUAAUAGUAAAUUUGUUGGAACUGCAUCAGAAAUUGCAGAUGAAUUUGAAAGAUGGGUUGAAGAAUAUGAUAUUGAUGGGUUUAAUUUUUGGCCAAAUUCUUUCCCAGAUGAUUUAAAAUCGAUUGUUGACUUGUUAAUACCAGAAUUACAAGCUAGAGGGAUUUUCCAUAAAGAUUAUACAUCAACUACAUUAAGAGAAAAUGUAAACGAAACGAAGGGUAAAACCUUUCUAGGUAGAGAUCAUCCAGCCUAUAAGCUCAGAUGGCAAGCUGAUAAAACAAAAGAGGAAUUUGAAAGGAGUCUGUGA